AUGCCUGCGGAGGAGUUUGUGGCUGGCUGGAUCUCCGGAGCUCUGGGCCUGGUCCUGGGACACCCCUUUGACACCAUAAAGGUGCGGCUGCAGUCCCACAGCAAGUACCGCGGCAUCUUAGACUGUGCUGUCAAGAUCUACCGCCACGAGUCGCUUCUCGGCUUUUUCAAGGGGAUGAGCUUCCCGGUGGCAAGCAUAGCCAUCGUCAACUCCGUCUUGUUCGGGGUCUACAGCAACGUCCUGCUGGCGAUCACGUCCACCACCCACCAGCAGCGGCGGGCCCAGCCUCCCACCUACAUGGACGUGUUCAUUGCGGGCUGCGUCGGGGGGUUUGUACAGGCCUACUGCCUGGCCCCUUUUGACCUCAUCAAAGUCCGGCUGCAGAACCAGACGGAGCCGAGGGCGCAGCUGGGGAGCCCGCAGCCGCAGUAUCGGGGGCCGGUGCAUUGUAUGAUUUCCAUUCUCCAGAAAGAGGGACCCCAGGGGCUGCUGCGAGGGGCCGGCACCCUGAUGCUGAGGGAUACCCCCACGUUGGGCAUCUACUUCGUCACCUACGAAUGGUGGUGCCGCCAGUACACGCCAAAGGGCCAGAACCCCAGUUCAACCACUGUGCUGGUGGCGGGGGGCAUCGCCGGCAUCACCUCCUGGGUUACAGCCACGCCCUUGGACGUGAUCAAGUGCCGCAUGCAGAUGGACGGGCUGAAGGGCCAGGUGUACCAGGGGGUGCUGGACUGCAUGGUGAGCAGCGUCCGGCAGGAGGGGCCCGGAGUCUUCUUCCGGGGCGUCACCAUCAACAGUGCCCGCGCCUUCCCCGUGAACGCCGUCACCUUCCUUAGCUACGAGUAUCUCCUCCGCUGGUGGGGAUGA